AUGUCACAACAAGGAGCAGCUCUUCAAAACUAUAACAAUGAAUUAGUAAAGUGUAUAGAGGAUUUAUGUACGAAACGUGAUGAAUUACAACGUCAAAUAAUGACUGAAGAAGAAGAAAAACAUAAAAUAGAAAAUGAAGUUCGACAAGCGAGUGAAAGAUUGUCAAAAAUUAAUGAAAAUUUAGCAAAAAAAAUCACAGCUCGAACAGAAUUCGAUCGUACAAUUAGUGAAACGGAGGCAGCAUAUAUGAAAAUAUUGGAAAGUUCACAAACUCUACUUAAUGUUCUUAAACGUGAAUCAAACUCAUUACGAAAUAAAGUUGAUAACGAUCCUCAUGGUUUAAAUGCAUAA